AUGGCUAUUGAUUCUCCUGGGCUGUUCUUUUGGUUUACUUUCGUUACUCGCAUGUUUUAUCGGGCGGUUGCUCCACAUUUAGACGGUCUCGUGGACGAUGGAUACCGAGUGUCUUCUUGGAGAUUGAUCAUUCCGUCGGAAAAACUCUCAUAUACUCCGUGCUUCGAUAGCUACCAAUGCGCCCGUCUCGAGGUACCGAUGGAUUGGAACAGCACAAAUAAUGGCGAAGAGAAGGUUGCUCUUGCAAUAAUCAAACUCCCUGCUGUAGUAUCAGUAACAGACCCCAGAUAUGGAGGAGCUAUUCUGGUCAACCCAGGAGGGCCGGGUGAAUCGGGCGUCAAUAUGAUCCUGACACAAGGGAAACACCUCCAGAAAAUAGUUGACUCUCAAGCUACGUCUUUAUCUGUUAAAGCUCCCUAG